CGUUGUCGAUCCUGAAGAGCAUGCAUUGGUGCAUUUGAACUAAAUGUCUAAAUAUAGCUACUGGUUGAUUUACAUUCAAUGAUAGUAAGCAGGCAGAAACAAUGUGUAAUAAUUUGCUACAAAGUGAAGCUGCGUAUCCCUUUCUUUUGAAUGUCCAGUUCUCUGCUUAUCAAAACAGUCUUCGCUCUUCUUCUUGAAAACUGAACAAAGAAAAUCUGACAAAAAUGGACGCCCCAACUGUACAAUACAUCCAGCCACCACCCGGCUAUCCUCAACAAUAUCAAAUGGGGUACGGUUACCCGGGUGUCAUCACUCAACCGCCACCCACUGUAAAUCAGACGACCGUCGUUGUCAACCAGUCCCCGGCCCUCUACAAGCCACCUCGUGAUUGGAGCACGGGUAUCUGUGGCUGUUUUGACGACAUUAAAGUGUGUUUGUGCGUCUUGUGCUGCGAGCCAUGCGCUGAGAUCAAGUUAUCCAUGGACAUGGGAGAGCACUACUGCGUGCCUUGCUGCGUGCCAAACUGGCUUGUCGUCCUUAGAACGAAGCUGCGAACACAGCAUAACAUUCAGGGAGGCGUUUUGAAUGACUGCUGCACGGUAUCCCAUUGUAGGCCGUUGGUGCUGUGUCAGAUGAUGAGGGAGGUGAACAUUAUGAGAAAAGCUCAACCCAUCGCAUAAGGAAGUCUACUGUUGGUCUUCAGUUGUCAUUCUCACAGACGCAAAAUGUCAUUGUUUCGAUGGAAGCCAAGGAGGAGAGCACUUCCAAAACAAAAUCAAAAAUAAAUAUUUUUGGUAAUUAUGGGUGUAGACCGUACAGACUACAGACGUUAUCUUCAUAAAUUAUGAACAAUUUGUCAAUAAAGAAACCAUGUUAAAAUAUGUAAUCAAUAAUGCAAUGUAUAUUUGUUCAUAAUGUGAAUGCUGACUUAACAACUUAUAUAUUUUUAUAUUUUAAAGUUAAUAGUCAGCUUUAAAGGAAUCAUAAAAUUCGUUAGAAACAUUUUAUAUGCAGGCCCUAUUUUUACAAUUACAAACUUGGUGGAAGGAGCAGUCAAAAACAAACAAACAAACAAACAAAGCUAACCUAGCAAAUGCUAUGCUUAGCUAUAUAUAUCUAAACUGCUAUACGAACUAUUAACCUAAUACAUGUAUUUAUGUUUUUACAUUUACUCUUUCUCUACCAAAUCUUCUUAAUAAAAGAUUCAUUAAAAUAUUUCA